AGCAGUUUUGACAGUGUCGGUAUUUCAGACCAGUAGAAAGAGAAAUAUAUUGUACACAGUCUAUACAUAUCUUAAGUCUGUGUCUUAUGUAUCUUGUCUAUGAUUUUAUCUGUUCUUUUAACUAUAACUAAAGAUGGGAAAAACGUCAAAGGAUAAAAGAGAUAUAUAUUAUCGUCGAGCAAAGGAAGAGGGUUGGAGAGCAAGAAGUGCAUUUAAAUUACUUCAAAUAGAUAAUGAAUGUCACAUAUUAGAUGGAGUGAACAAAGCAGUAGACUUGUGUGCGGCACCUGGAAGUUGGAGUCAAGUACUAUCACGUAAAUUAAAUGAGAAUUAUAAAAAGGCUUUGGAGAAUAAAAAUGCUGUAGCUCCAAAAAUUGUUGCUGUUGAUUUACAAGCAAUGGCACCUUUGGAAGGAGUUAUACAAAUACAAGGAGAUAUCACCAAUACUAAUACAGCAGAGCAAAUUAUUGCUCAUUUCAACAAUGAACAAGCAGAUUUGGUAGUGUGUGAUGGAGCACCUGAUGUUACAGGACUUCAUGACAUGGACAUUUAUAUUCAGUCACAGUUAUUGCUAGCUGCUCUAAAUAUUACAACUCAUAUACUUCGGAAGGGUGGUACAUUCGUGGCAAAAAUAUUUAGGGCCAAAGAUGUAUCAUUACUUUAUUCACAACUAAAAAUAUUUUUCCCAUACGUUUACUGCACAAAACCUAAUAGUUCACGCAAUUCAAGUAUAGAAGCAUUUGUAGUGUGCAAAGAUUACUCACCGCCUGAAGGUUAUGAGCCCCAUAUGCUGAAUCCUCUCCUGACACAUAAACCAUGCGAUUUUAAUGAGCUUACAGGAAUUAAUAGGGUUGUUGUACCAUUUGUCGUUUGCGGCGAUCUUAAUCAACCUGAUUCUGACACCUGUUAUCCUCUAGAUUAUGAAGGAAAAGAGUACAAGUACCAUGAACCGGUUCAAACACCAAUUGCGCCACCCUAUGAACAAGCCUUAUCCUUACUAGAAAACAGAGACACUGACUUCAGGAAGUCUGAUGUUAGCGUCGUGAUAGAUAAUCUAAAUUCAAUGUCUAUUUCGGAUUUCAAGAAGUUAGCGAAACAGAAACGCAAAGAAACAAAUGAGAAACUAAUAAAUACAGGUACUGAAGAAGUUAUUAGUAAGGAUACAUUAAGUCUCACUGAAUUACCACCUGCUUUGUUAUCUGAUAAUAAAAGUGAAGAUAAUAAAUAAAAGAAACUAUUUUUU